CGUUGCAAUUUAGUUGCGGCAUUGAUUUGUUAGGGAAACCUAGCUAGCUUGUUGUACUGUAUAUGUUUGUGAAUAUAUAGUAAUAUACAUUUAAUUUCUUUUUUGUUGAUUUUCGUACAAUUUUACCGACAUUUAACUUAUCCUCUUAAUUAAUUCCGUCGUCUCACCUGUCCGUCAUUCAAAAUGCUUACAACUCGUUCACCACUCACUAAGAAGAACAAAAACGCAAUCACCACUCAAAUGGACAACCUUUCGCUCGUUGACAAAGAAAACACCCCUCCUAGCCUGAACAGUACCCGGAUUCUAGCUUCAAAAACCGCGCGCAAAAUCUUUGACUCUGAGGUUAAGCCCAAAGAUGUCAACAAAUUCAACACAGAAGAGCCACUCCUUAAGGAAAAUCCACGCAGGUUCGUCAUUUUCCCCAUCAAGUACCAUGACAUCUGGCAGAUGUACAAGAAGGCGGAAGCUUCAUUCUGGACAGCUGAGGAGGUUGAUCUGUCCAAAGACACACAGCACUGGGAGUCUCUGAAGGAUGAGGAGAGAUACUUCAUCUCUCAUGUACUGGCUUUCUUUGCUGCUAGUGAUGGCAUUGUCAAUGAGAACCUGGUGGAGCGAUUUACACAGGAAGUCCAGGUGACUGAAGCGAGAUGCUUCUAUGGUUUCCAAAUCGCCAUGGAGAACAUCCACUCUGAGAUGUACAGCCUGCUCAUUGACACCUACAUCAAAGACCCCAAAGAGAGGGACUACCUCUUCAAUGCCAUUGAAACUCUCCCCUGUGUGAAGAGGAAGGCUGAUUGGGCCCUGGACUGGAUCGGUAACAGAAAUGCUGAAUUUGGUGAGCGUGUGGUUGCAUUCGCUGCUGUUGAGGGGAUCUUCUUCUCUGGGUCCUUUGCGUCCAUUUUCUGGCUGAAGAAGAGGGGCCUCAUGCCUGGCCUGACCUUCUCCAAUGAGCUCAUCAGCAGAGACGAGGGCCUGCACUGCGACUUUGCCUGCCUCAUGUUCAAGCACCUGGUGAACAAGCCCUCAAAGGAGACGGUCACCAAGCUCAUCAGGAACGCCGUGGAGAUUGAGCAGGAGUUCCUGACAAAAGCCCUUCCAGUAAAGCUGAUUGGUAUGAACUGUGACCUGAUGACCCAGUACAUAGAGUUUGUGGCUGACAGGCUGAUGUUGGAGCUGGGCUUUGACAAGAUCUACAGAGUGGAGAAUCCCUUUGACUUCAUGGAGAACAUCUCACUGGAGGGUAAGACUAACUUCUUUGAGAAGAGAGUAGGGGAGUACCAGAGGAUGGGUGUAAUGUCUGGUACUACAGACAACGCCUUCCGGCUGGAUGCUGACUUCUAAAGCUCUUACAGGCCCCCAAGAUGGCCUUGAAAUGACACUUUGAAACUGUAAACACUUGAAAAGGACAUGGACCAGACUAGAUGCUACCGGACCACCUUACCUCAUCCAUCAUCCCAAAUGGCACCCUAUUCCCUAUAUAGUGCACUACUUUUGACCAGAGUCCUACGUGUGUCCUGGUGAAAAGUAGUGCACAAUAUAAAGAAUAGAGGCCAUUUUGAUUUGUCUUCGUUGUCUGGUCCACAGACAACACCAAGCAUAUUACCAUUCACAAUUCACCCUAUCUGCAGUAGAACUCUGGUUUUAUCCAUUUUCUUAUUUGUAUAGUACUGUUAAUUGUUUUUAUCUGGGUUGGCUUUACUUUUGUAAUAAAAAAAUGUAAUCCAACAUGCAAUAUUUAUUUUGCUCUGUUUUUUAGUUCAUGAUACUUCCUAAUUUACAGAUUUGUCUAAUGCAAAGUCUCUCAAUCUUGGAAUUAAAGUUUCAAUUAAUCUGA